AGUCGGCCUCGCAGUGUUUACAAGCCGAACCGAAGCUCAGUCGCCGAUUUCCUUCAUUUUUUCGAUAAUUAUACCCAAUGAUACCACGAUGAAGUCCAAAACUCGGAUAAUACAAAUAUCCAACAUAGCCCCACAGGCUACGAAGGAUCAGAUGUCGACCUUGUUUGGAUUUUUAGGAAAAAUUGAAGACAUUCGCCUUUAUCCAACCAUCCGUGAUGUUGCCAUUCCAGUCCAAUCGCGCAUCUGCUUCAUCAAAUUCCACGACCGGGAUUCGGUCAGUGUCGCCCAACACCUCACCAACACAGUCUUCAUUGACAGAGCCCUUAUUGUCAUUCCGUUCACCACUGGUGAUAUGCCAGAUGAGCAACGGGCAAUGGAAAUUUUGGGCACAGGUGGUACCAUACCAGGCAUUGGACAAGAAGCAAAGUGGCCAGCUCAUGUUACCAACCAGAUUGAUGGCAUUAUUUUGAGGACACAUGACCCAGCAUUGGCCGAAAAUGACCUCCCAGAUUAUCCUCCACUGCCAGCAACAACCGAGUCUCACAAGAUUAACGAGAUUCGACGUACUGUUGUGUUUGACAACCUUGACCCCACGGUCACUACUGAUCAGCUGAUGGAGCUGGCUGCUAAAGCUGGGGAGGUGAGAUACCUGCGUUUGGGCACAGAAAUUAACGGCACGAGAAAUGCACUCGUUGAGUAUUCUGAGCAACCCUUCAUUAUUGCAGCAUUGAAGAUGCACAAUCAGGAACACAUGAAUCGUCUCAUUAAGAUCAAUCAUUCCACUGUAGCCAUUAUAAAACCUCAAACAAAAAGCAACGAAGCCGCUCAGCGUGAGAUUGAAGAAGCAAUGAGACGAGUCAAAGAGGCGCAGAACUUUAUAGCCUCGGCCAUUGAUCCUGUAAUGUCCUUCUUGGAUUCCUCAAAGGAAAAGAGAUCGCGGUCGAGAUCGAGGACACGCUCUCGCUCCAGACGCAGGUCAAGGUCCCGCUCCAGACGCUCAAGAUCUCGAAGGAGAACAAGGUCACACUCGCGCAGGAGGUCACGUUCCAGGACCCGAUCUAGAGACCGACAUGGACGAUCAAGAAGCCGCAGCCGCAGAAAGAGAUCGCGUUCAAGGUCACGCAAGAAGUCCAGAUCCAGGUCCCCCUCACGAAGGAAGUCAAGGUCCAAGUCCCGCUCGAAGAGGUCGAGGUCCAAGUCGAAGUCUACGGCCUCGUCCUCAAGGAGAGACAAGGGCUCGAGCAGCAGCAGCCGUGGCAAAGACAAAGACAAGGACAAGGACAAGGACAAGGAUAAGGAUAGGGACAAGGACAGGGAUAAGGACAAAUCAAAGGAUAAAGACAAAGAGAAGAGGGAGGACAAGAAACUGGAGACCAUAAAGGAGAGCGAGAACGAGACGAAAGAGGAGAAGGAAGAUAGUAAAGAGGCAAAGAAAGAGGAAUCGAAGGCAGAAGAAAGCUCCAAAGAGAAAGAGAAGGACAAAGAUAAGAAGAAAGAAUCCAAGUCCCGCCGCUCUCGCUCCCGCUCCAGGUCACGCGACCGCAAGAGCAGACGAAGCAGGUCGCGCUCCCGCAGCAAGAGAAGGUCCAGGACACGCUCCAGGUCAAGAAGCCGCACCAGGUCAAAGCGCUCUCACAGGUCUCGGUCCAGGUCCCGGUCACGCCGCAAAUCCCGCAGCAAGUCCAGGUCACGCAGAGACCGCUCAAGGGACAGACGCAGGUCGCGCUCCCAUGACCGAUCCAAGAGGAGAUCCAGGUCGUCGUCAAGGUCAAAGACGGGGAAAGUGAAAGACAAGGAUUCAAGCAAAAAGAAGGAUUCACGCCGCGACCGAAGCCGAAGCCGCGACCGCAAGGAUAAGGAGAAGGACAAGGACAGGAUGAAAGAGAAGGAGAAGAAGGAUAAAAAGAAAGAAAAGAAAGAGAAGGAUGAGAAGAAGAAAGACUCAAAGGUGUCCCGCGAUUAUGACGAAGAGGAGCAACUGGGCUUCGAAGGAGAGGAAGAGAAGGGGAAGAAGAAGGACAAGGAGGAGGAGGACACCAAGGACAAGGGAGAAGCCGUUGACAUGGACAUUUCCAACUCCCCCUGAACAGAAAGGAAAGGGGAAAAUAGUAACGGCUCAGACAUGCGCUCUGAUUGAAAUGGGAUGUCGAGAGGAGUAGGCAGGGGGGGAGGGGUGGUUUUGGGUGGUUGGUUUUGACAAGGACGUCUGUGACUCCCCCUGAACGGAAAAGGAAAGGGAGGACAGGUUCGGAUCAGCACGCCGGUUGAAGCGGGAUGUCACAAGGAGGUUUUUUUUUGGGGGGAAUAGGGGUUUAGGGAAUGCAAGCUGUGUGAGUACUGUUUGUAUGUCUUCACCUUUUUCCUUAAGUUUCCUAUUCUCAAGAAGAGGAUUAUUGUAAGUGUAGCCUAUUCUAAGGAAUUGAAUCUUUUUGAAUUUCUUUGCUCGAUGAUAUGGUUAAAAAAAAGAGAAGACUCAUUUUAUCAAUCGUCAAGAGUUGAUUGCAAUAUUUCUUAAUUAUAAAAGAAAAGGAAAAAAAAAAAAUUCUGCCUUAUUUACUGUACUUUUAUUUCUGUUACUCUUUUUUCUGUAAUUUCUCUCUUUUCUUUUUAUUUUUUUAUUUUUCUGAAUAGGCAUGCAAUGAUAAGUCAGUUUUUUGUUUCAGUGAUACAUUCAACCAGUAUAUCUGGAUGCAGUGCUUUUUAUUUUAUUUUUCUGACUUUCACAAUUUGAAUUUUAAAAUAAAAUGUAUAGAAACUAAUCGAAGAAUAAAUAUAAGUGUUUGGAA